ACUUUGGUGUAAAAAUGCCAUUCCUUUAUUUUGGGCAUGCCCUUAGUACGACGGUGGAAAUUUUGUAUAUAAACCCGCCAUCAUUAAGACAAUUCUAUCAUGCCUAUCCGAUUUAUUGUCAAACUUUAUCUCCUUGGAUAAUUGAUGGAAUGAUUCAUGUAAUAUUAUCAGACGAUCAGAGUCGACUUAAUGAUUUGACAUUGGGCUAUAAAGCUACUAUAUUGGAACAUGAAUUAUACAAGUUGUAUAUGUCAAAGGUGUCUUCGAUCACUCGACUUGUUCUCCCAGAUUUCCCUAUUUUGUAUAUGCCUGGUGCAAGAUUAUGUUUAUCAUAUCUUUCGGAACUAGAGUGUAGUACUGAUGAUUCACCGAGAUACUUUUUUUGCCUUGCAGAAUUUUGUCGAAAGAUUCAAAAGCUUCGUGUUUACCCUUGUGAAGAAGAUAAUCAAGGCUUGGCUACUUUGAUUACUUUUCAACAUCGUUUGAUUCAUUUGGAGUUGAAAACAGACAAUGGUGAAAUGGUGGAAAAAUUAACACAUAUUGGCGAUGCACUUACUACUCAAGCGCAAUCUUUAACUUACAUCAAUGUUUAUAAUAAUUUAUUUUUUUCUACUGAGCAUUUAUCUACAUUUGUUUUUCUUAAAGUUUUAAAACUUUAUGUCACUUCUGAAAUACCAAGAAAGUUCUGGCUUUGUAACAUGGUUUUACCUCAUCUUGAAGUACUUGAUGUAUUUCGAGAUGAAUUUACACCAUUUAGAAUUUAUAAGUGUUUUAUCGAUCAUUCUUCAUCUAAUUUUCGGAGAAUUUAUUGGAACAGAUUACUUGCCUCACCACCAGACAAUAAAGAAAUUCAAGAGUUCAUUCGAAUUAUUUCAAGAUCAGCCCAUUCACUCAAUUUUGUCACUAUUUGUUAUUCGGAUGAUUUUAUCGAAGAUUUUACACAAUUGUUAUCACUUUGUACAAAUCUAGUUGGAAUUAAGAUUUGUGCUAAAGAUUUAAUCGAAGAUGAUAUUAAUAGUACUAUGAUUAACGCAGAAAAUAUUUUAAAAGUUAUUGUUGAUAAAGCACCAAAAAAUUUUUCUAUUUUAAAUUUUGACGGAAAUUGGAGAUUUUCUUUCCAUGAUAUUGAAUCUUUUUUUUUCAAUUGGAAAUAUAGAAAUUUGUCGAUGUCGGGUCGACCAUUGUCUUUAUUUAUUUCAGAAGAUGGUGAAUUUUCUUGGGGGAUUAUCGGUUGA